CUUUCCCCAGAAAGAGAAACCUCCUUGAAAACUGCAGUCCACCACACAAGCUACUUUCCUCUCUCUCUCUCUCUCUACUUUCUCUCUCUAUUACUCUCUGUGUAAGCUUAUGGCUUCCUCAUUCAUGGCGGUUUGGGGACUUUAUGGUCCCUGCAUUGUGGUCUCAUUGCUCGUUUCGCUGCUCGCUUUUGCUCAGUCUUCUUCUUCUUCAUCUGAUGUGGAGCUUCUCCUGGGAAAGAUCAAAGCUUCACUGCAGGGCGAUGCAGAGAACAUCCUGCUCUCUUCGUGGAACUCUUCGGUGCCUCUCUGCCAGUGGAGAGGGCUCAAAUGGGUGUUCUCCGACGCGACCCCUCUCUCCUGCAACGUGUCGUCCCCCCAUUGGGCCAAUGGCUCCCUCUACAGGGACCCGUCCCUCCACCUCCUCUCCCUCCAGCUCCCGUCGGCCGGCCUCGCCGGGUCGCUUCCCAGGGAGCUCGGUGAGUUCUCGAUGCUGCAGAGCCUCUAUCUGGGCGUCAACUUGCUGAGCGGGACCGUCCCGCUCGAGCUCGGGUACAGCACUUCGCUCUCCGAGAUCGAUUUGAGUGGAAAUUUGGUGAAUGGGGUUUUGCCGCCUUCUAUAUGGAACUUGUGUGACAGGCUCAUCUCCCUUAGGCUUCAUGGGAAUUCCUUAUCUGGGUCUGUCCCUGAACCUGCUCUGCCUAACUCUACUUGUGGUAGCUUGCAAGUUCUUGACUUGGGUGGCAACAAGUUCGCGGGAGAGUUCCCUGAAUUCAUCACCAGGUUUCUGGGUUUGAAGGAGCUCGAUCUUUCGACCAACAUGUUUUCGGGUGUGAUUCCCCAGAGUCUGGCUAGUUUGGACCUUGAAAAGUUGAAUCUUGCGCAUAAUAAUUUCACCGGACCAUUGCCAGUGUUUGGCGGGACGAAAUUCAGCGCGGCAGCUUUCGAAGGAAACAGUCCUGGGCUUUGUGGGUUGCCCUUGAAUAGUUGCGGCGGGGGUUCUAGAAUGAGCUCUGGCGCUAUAGCUGGUAUAGUGAUUGGUCUGAUGGCUGGGGCUGUGGUCUCCGCUUCAUUGUUCAUCGGGUAUAUGCAGAACAGGAAGAAAAAGAGUAGGGGCGACAGCGAUGAUGAAUUGGAGGAAGGUCAGGAUGAGGAAAAUGGAGUUAGUGUUGGCGGUGGCGUUAGCGGCGGCGAAGGCAAGCUUAUUUUGUUUCAAGGCGGUGAGCAUUUAACACUAGAGGAUGUACUGAAUGCGACAGGGCAAGUCAUGGAGAAGACGAGUUACGGGACGGUGUACAAGGCGAAACUUGCCGAUGGCGGGACGAUUGCUUUGAGGUUGUUGAGGGAGGGAAGCUGCAAGGAUAGGAUUUCUUGUCUACCGGUGAUUAGGCAGCUGGGAAGAGUUCGGCAUGAGAACUUGAUCCCUCUUAGAGCUUUUUAUCAGGGAAAGAGAGGAGAGAAGCUCCUCAUCUAUGAUUAUCUCCCUGUUAGAACUCUUCAUGAUCUGUUGCACGAAACAAGGGCAGGGAAGCCGGUGUUGAACUGGGCCAGGCGACACAAGAUUGCGCUGGGCAUAGCCAAAGGGCUGGCACAUCUUCACACAGGCCCUGAAGUACCAAUCACUCAUGGAAACAUAAGAUCAAAGAACGUUCUCGUGGAUGAAUUCUUCGUGGCCAGGCUCACCGAGUUUGGACUCGACAAGCUGAUGGUCCCUGCCGUCGCUGAUGAGAUGGUGGCACUCGCGAAAACUGACGGCUACAAGGCGCCGGAGCUGCAGAAGAUGAAGAAAUGCAAUUCCAGGACAGACGUCUAUGCCUAUGGAAUACUCCUGCUCGAGAUACUAAUCGGCAAGAGACCUGGGAAAAAUGGUAGGAGCAGCGAUUAUGUUGAUUUACCUUCAAUGGUGAAAGUUGCGGUCUUGGAGGAGACGACGCUGGAAGUCUUCGACGUUGAGGUCACGAGGGGGAUCAGGAGCCCAAUGGAGGAAGGGCUUGUCCAAGCACUGAAGCUUGCUAUGGGGUGUUGUGCCCCAGUGGCUUCAGUGCGACCCACCAUGGAUGAAGUCGUGAAGCAACUUGAGGAGAACCGGCCAAGGAACAGGUCGGCCUUGUAUAGCCCUACCGAGACAAGGAGCGAAGUCGGCACGCCUUUCUAAGAUAAAACCUUUCGGAAUCAUCUCAUGAUAAGUAUUGACUUUUUCGUUUAUCUCAAUAUGGUCUUCUUACAUAGGAAGCAUCAGUAGUUUGUUGGUGAUUUUCUCCGUUAUAGCGAAGGCAGACUUUGUCAUAGGAUCGAAAGUGGUUGGUAAUUGUAAUGUAGCUUUUGCAAAAUGCAUCUUUACUAGUUCAAUUUUCAUCAGAGUGGUUGGCUUCGCCUUGUGUGCUAGAAAAUGCUUCAGUCGCAUGACCGGGGAUAAAAAAAGAAGGGAAUUGUGUUUCCGGUCAUUGUAAUUUUUGGGGGAUUUAUUUUUGGUCUUAUUGUUUGUUUGGUUGUCAUUCUAGUUCAUGGACUGAUGUCAGAUCGUGGCGAUUUAAGUCAAUUUUGUCAAAUUUCCUUUUGAAAUUUUACUGAAAUGGCUAAAUCAGCACGGGUACUCUCUCUCAAUGUAUGAUUAGAGUGGUUUUUGUGU